AUGGCAUCUGAAGCAGUUAGGCAAGUGCUCUGCGUAACUGCCAUGGAGGUUGUCCUGCUCAUCGUAGCAGCUGUGAUGUACAAGCUAGCUCACGGGACCACCAACAAUGUCAUUUCGGACAUGUUUGGCAUAGGGAGCUGCACAGUGACCAACAUUCUGCAUGAAUUUGUGGAUGCUGUGCUGUCCAUCUUGAAACCUCAGUACUUAAAGUGGCCCAGCACCCUGCCAGAGCUUAGGAAGAUGGCAAGUGGAUUCAUGCGCCUGAGAGGGAUUCCUCGGGUAGUGGGGGCAAUAGAUGGCAGCCAUAUUCCAAUCAUUGCCCCUAGAGAGUGGCCAGCGGAUUACUACAAUCGGAAAGGGUAUCAUUCUAUCCUACUCCAAGGCAUAGUUGACUUCAAUAGCUGCUUCUGGAACUACGAUAUUGGGUGGGCUGGUAGUCUUCAUGACUACAAUCUCUUCAAGCGAAGCAAGGCCUUUGAUCGCUGCGAGGAUGGGUCUCUGCAAGGGUUCUCUCUAGUUGGUGACGCAGCAUACCAACCCCGGACCUACAUGCUUACUCCCUUCUUGGGGUGCAAAGAGGGUCUCAGCAGAGAGCGUGCUUUCUGGAACUUCAUUCAAAGCAGCACUCGAAUGCCCGUGGAGUGCGCCUUUGGAAUCUUAAAGCUUCGCUGGUCCAUUCUCCUCAAGCGCUUGGACGUCGACACCGCUUUCGCUCCCAAUCUCAUCGCUUGUUGUCUCGUCCUCCACAACAUCUGCCAAGUGCACAAGGACGAGAUCAAUGAGGAGUGGUACCGCGAAGCGAACGAGAUCCUUGGCGCAGCGUCUUCAAUGAACACCCCAUCCGAUGUCGAGCACCAGCCGCCACCUCGAAGCAACGCGCGUGGGCCAGUUGGGACAGACUUGGGCUCCGAUGGAGUUGAUCUUGACGAGGAUGAGCCAGUUGAGGAGAAGACUGCGUACCGACUUGGGGUUCAAUACCGCGAAACCCUCUGCAGGCUUCUGUACGACCAAGAGCGGGCCCAUAAUGCUAGCUCGGUUGGCAUCCAAGUACAGUCCGAGGACGAGAUGGAAGUUGAUGAAUAG